AGGGAAUUGUAACACGCCGGGUCAGUUGUCACGGGAUAUCGGACUUCCGCUUGAAGUCGAAAAUGGCUUCCUGGACGAUUGAUAUCCGCGUAGUACUGGGAACUACCUCCACCGUGUAUAUAAAUGGCUCGCUGGGGCUUCUGGGUUUACGCGGGCAAAUCAAAGACGCUCACAGUCAGAAAGCGGGAAAAAUAAACUUUACAAUGAUACCAAACAUGACUAUAUACGCUUGAUUAACACUUCUUGAAUCAAAGGCGCUUUUAGUACACGAUAGAGCUCGCAAAUUUUGAUGAUAAUUUCCCCAUUUUGGGGUUCUAAAGGCUUUUUCGCUUAGCCUAACUUACAGUCGAGAUGAGGAGUUCUAGAUUGAAGAUUUAUCAGGUAAGAAUCGGGUCGUUUUGGAUUUUUGAGAAUUGCGCUCCUUAUUGAGAAAUUUUCGAAAAUCUGAAUGCCCUUCAUACAUAAUCAGCUGCUGUUCACUCUGUAUCUUAGUGAUCCCCGUACAAUGCCUCGGAAGCGCAACAAUAAUUUUCCUAUCGGCACGUACGCGAAGAAGAAGAGGGCAGUUCUUGAAGAAUUAUGCGAGGAAAAAGUCCAUGCACUUUCGGAAGUCAAGAUCCAACAGCAGAAGAUCCGCAGACUGAAGGAAAAGGGACAUGUUCUGAGACAAACAGCCGAGAACACAAACACGGGAAUUCAAACACCCCCAAGUACUAAGAGGCAACUUCGAGUGUUGACACCAACUUCAUUGGAAAAUCCUAUGAUAACACCUAGGGAGUCUAGAAGGAGGAGAGUCAAUACAAUCGAAGCUGCAGCAAAAAUCCAUGGGGCAACAAAGAGCAACAUCAAACCAGCAUUGGAUGGGCUUUUUGACACUCUUCAAGGAAAGUGCAAAACCAGUGAGUUAGGGGACUAUGUCCUAAAGGACGAAGAGCUUGCAGGUUAUAUAGUUAAACAAAUUCAAAAAAAAGAAAAACAUACUUUUCAUAAUUCAGCACGCAAUAUUUUGAGAAGUAUCGCUGCAUACUAUAGUGCUGGAGUAAUGGGCAAGAGAAAGUAUCAGGCAGUAAGGCUUGCCACCUCAAUGACAUGUAGUAAAAGGAAAAGGGGUGGGAGAACUAGCAUUAAGUAUAUGGGUAGUCUAGAUAUUCCAAAACUACUCACUUACAAUACUCUGGUUAAAGAAAUUAAUGCUAUUGAUAUAGGCAAUGUUCAGUCAGUGCAAGUCUUUGCAUUAGAUAAUGAAGAUAGCACUACUCGUGGAUGCUUUCGAGACUUACGAGAAUACUUACCAAGAUUAGCUAAGCAUUAUCUAUCUGGUACAGAUAAUCUUAAGUGGUUUGGAGAAACAGAGGGGACUUUUAAGGUUGCCUUUGGGGGAGAUGGCUGCCCAUUUGGGAAAUUUGAAACUGCAUGCUCCUUUUUAGUGAGCUUCCUCAACACUGGAAAGAAAGUAGCCUCUAGCAGUGAUAACUUUUUAGUUUUUGGGGCUAACUGUGAGGAAACAUCUUCCCUUGUUAAAAAAUAUGUGCUGUCAAUAUACAAGCAAAUAUCAGAUAUUGAAGGCACAUUGUAUGAAAUAGAUGGCUUUCAUGUGUCAUUUCAAUUUGCUGAGCUCCCAAAUGAUAUGAAAAUGCUUGCAAUGCUUGCUGGAGAGCUCUCAAAUGCUGCUACUUACUUUUCAUCCUUUGCUAACGUAAGCUCAGCUGAUAGUGGCAACCUUCAAGGCAGAUUUGGUACUGACGAAGAAUGUAAAUGGAAACCGUGGAGCUACAACCAAAGGAAUGAAGUGGCUAGUAAAGUUAAAGCACUCAAAGCUAAGCUCGAAAACCAAACUCUCUGUCAACAGACAAAAAGGUCUAAAGUUACAGAUUUCAUUUCCAAACAAAAGAGCCGCCAAGAAUUUCAACCCAUGCUAGGCAAGUUUAUUGACAAAGCACACGUUGAGCCUCUCCAUCUCAAAAACAAUGCCUGGCAGUACUUCUUUAGAUCUGUCUUAAAAGAAGCAUUAGGAAAAACCUGCUUACUACCAUCUCAUAAAACCUUUGAAGAAAUACCACCAGACAGUUGUUUUGCUAGAGUUAUUAAUGCACUUCAACAUGAAGUAAAGACCAAACGGCUAGCUAAAAGAGUAAGGCAAUGGUAUAAUGAAACCCAAGGCAAAAAAGGAGAUCUACAAUAUAGAUUUACAGGCAAAGAAUCUCGUCUUUUUUGUCAUAACUUCAUGCGACUGUUGAAGUAUCUAAGCAGUGAGGAAGAUACUCCCAAGCAAAAACAAACUGUCUUGGCACUAGUUUAUAUAGGUAUCAGGUUAAGAGACUGCUGCUCUAUUUUCAACCGCCUUGAUAUCAAUGAACAAGAUAUUGCAAAGCUAGAAGUUGCUGCCAUUGAGUAUUGCCAUGCAAACAAAUUGUUUCUUCCCUACACCAUCAACCCAACUAUAUGGACUCUAGGUCAUGUACUUCCCGUGCAUGCUAGAGAUGUAUUUUCAAAGUACCAGCAGGGACUCCUAACAGUGACAAUGGAAGGUAGGGAGGCAAAACAUAUCGCAUUGCAGAGGUUAAGUCACAACACUACAUACCAGUCUAGGUGGCAAGAAAUCUUUAGGCAUGAAUUUAUUAUGCUAGUCUGGCUGCCUGAGCAAGGCCAUCAGCCCUGCUCUUACACAGAAAGCAAAGAUGUUUAUAUCCCAGAAAGAGUCAAUGAUCCAGCUUAUUGCUACUGUGGCCUGCUGAAAGCUUCCCCAGCAAACACUCAUUGCUGUUUCUGUGGGGACAAACUAAUGACCCUAAUCCAUGAGAGUGUAGUAAAUAAGAAGUACAGCCCAGGCUUGUCAAUGUAAAUGUAAUAUACCCCUAGUUACUGUGUGAAUUUAUUAGAUAGGUAAAUUGGAAUUGCCUUUGGAAAAUACCAUGCAGUAAUUAAAAGCAUUCUAGUUAUUGCACAACUCUGUCAUUCCAGUUAACACACAGGGCAAAAUUUCAAGAUUUUGGUUGAAUACAGCAUUGAUUAUUGGGUUCAUUAUUAAAUUCAAGAAUGCAUUCAGAAAUCCAAUAUUUUAAUCGAAUUAAGCUAUUAGUAGAGCUAUUUGUAAAGAUAGGUAGACAAUUACGAUAAUACAAUAACAAGUAAGGCAAUAAAAUAAUUUAUUGUGAUUUUAUUUGUUAUCAAUUUUGAAAUUCUUUAUUCCAGUAUAGAAUUUUAAUUAUAUUCUUAGUUUAAAAAAAUAACAGAAGUUAUAUGAAACAAUUCAUUACGUAAAUAUUUCUCAGAGAAAUGAUUGGAUAAAAAGAAAGUAAUAACAAUGCUAUUUAUUGACUUGAAUAUGUUUAUUGAAAGUGGCAAUCAGCUCUAAAUCAUAUUCCAAUCAUAAAAUGUUUGACAAUUUCCAAAGUACAGUAGAAAUAGUACUUAUUAAUAUAAUGAAAUUGUAAAAGUUUGAUAAGACUGCCUGCUAUCACAAAUAUGUUUAACAUUGAAAGAUGUUUUUUAUCAUUAUUAUUGUAAACUAUACACUGUAUAAUAAAUUCAUUUUUUCAAUCAA